UCCAAGUCUUGUCCUCACUCCUCUGUGUCUUCUGCUCCUAGAGGCCCAGCCUUGGCGGCCCUGUGACCUGCAGGUAUUCGGAGAUCCAUAGCGAAGACGCCGGGACCGCCUGCAAGCCUAGAAAUGGGACCACUGACAUUCAGGGAUGUGGCCAUAGAAUUCUCUCUGGAGGAGUGGCAAUGCCUGGACACCGCACAGCGAAAUUUAUAUAGAAAUGUGAUGUUAGAGAACUACAGAAACCUGGUCUUCCUGGGUAUUGCUGUCUGUAAGCCAGACCUGAUCAUUUGUUUGGAGCAAGAAAAAGAGGUUUGGAGUAGGAAGAGACAGGAGAUUGUGGUGGCCAAGCCCCCAGGUAGGUGA